AUGGCGUUUGUUCCAAUCCUUGUUUUCUUGAUGUUGCUGCAUCAUUUUCCCACUUCUCUGACAAGUGCUCAAAGGGAUAAUCCUUCUCCACCACCAACUCAAACUGAUGACCAAGUGCCAACCAAUUUCAAUGGAAAAAUACAGUUGACUGCAAGUGAUCCUCACAAAUCCCCAUCUUCACCAGGAACUCAAACACAGAACGAGUUAGAAGAUUUUGAUGUCGAAACACAAAAGAUUCAAAGUGAUGAUCCUCACACUCCUCCCGCUCCACCACCAAAUCAAACACAGAAGAACGGGUCAAGCCAUUCAGAUAUUGAAGUGCAAAUGACUGAGGAAUCAUCUUCAAAUCUCUUAGAGAUGGUCACAUCAUCCAACAAUGAUACAGUGCUCCACGUUGAGCUUUGA